GUCAGCUACGGCCUAGAUGGUGUGGCGGUACGUGGCGAAGGUAUGAUUGGCUUUGCUGGAGCUUUGCAGAGAUGUCAGGAUGAAGCCGAAGGGCUGGAGAGCGGAGCGGUCCCUCCAGCAUACGACCUCAGGGUGCAGAAACCAGGCUGUGAAGCCGGUGAAGUCUAUGAUCAACAAAAUUGUUCCUCCAGUUCCUUGGCCAUCCACCAGAGUUUCAUUUCAUAA